AUGUCUAUUCCAAAUCUCUUCGUGCAUUUCCGGUUUCCUCCUCGUCAGGUCUUCGAUUGGCCUCCUGGUGACGCCAUGCAAGUAGCUUUUCCCUCGAAACAGGCUAAAGCAACAUGGAUACGCCCGAUUGAGAUUCCCUCUGUCAUCCAUUAUGCUGCAGACGUGAAAAUACCUUUGACAAUCGCCUCCGUCUAUGUCAUGACUGUCGUUCUCCUCAACAACUUGAAUAAGACCCGAGGAAACCGACCUUGGGCAUUUGCUACAACCGCACCUUUCAAUCUCUUGGUGAUACUUCAUAACCUCCUCCUUGCUAUCUACUCAGCAUGGACUUUGGCUGGUCUCUGCUUCGUGCUUUGGAAUUGUUGGCCAUCGAUGUCAGAUCCGAACUUUGGCGCUCGUUUUGCGAACACAAUCUGUGAAAUCGCUCCAACGGGUGAAUUUGGCUAUCUUGAACGCUCUGACAUGCUGGGCAGCAUGCCAGAGACCUUUGUGGACCAUUCAAAUCACAUCUGGACUGCCGGUGCUGGUUAUCUCUCAUGGUUAUUCUACAUAUCCAAGUUUUAUGAAGUCGUUGAUACUUUCAUUAUCCUCGCAAAAGGAAAACAAAGCUCAUUCCUUCAAACAUACCACCAUGCCGGCGUCAUGCUCUGUGCGUGGGCAAGUGUCCGAUAUGCAUCACCCCCUGCUCUUAUUGGUGUUUUCCUCAAUGCCGCAAUUCAUACUUUGAUGUAUACUUAUUUUUCAAUGACGGCAUUGGGCCUUCGGGUGCCCGUCUCAAUCAAGAGAUCUUUGACAACUUUGCAAAUUGGCCAAUUUCUUCUCGGUGCAGCCAUCGCCAUCUGCUAUCUCUUCAUUGGAUACGACAUUGCCACAAGUCAAGUUCUCAAUCUAGAAGGGGGGCGCCUCAUGAAAUACAACCAUAGCAGAUUUCAGUCGGCCAUAAAUAGCCAUUCUGAUGCCGCUGCUUCUGUGCCCGUUGCUGGGUCUGUUUUCGAGGUCCAGGCAACCCCUUGUCUAUGGAAUAGCGGGCAGACAGUUGCGCUGUUUUUGACUCUGGCGUACCUGGUUCCCUUGGUUUACCUUUUCGUCUCCUUUUUCAGUCGUUCAUAUGCCAAGCGUGCUAGGAAGCUCGAUUAG